AUGAGCUUUGAUGACUUCGGGCGCAGCCCCCGUGGUAACUGGUUCAGCCAGUUCAUCCAGGCGGGUGUGGUUGUCUCGAAGCCACCGGAGCGCCUGUUGCAGCAGUUCAGAGAAGACUCGUUGGUUGUUUGCUACAAUAUGCAGCUUUUCUGUCACCUCCUGUUAAUCAGCACGAACAAAUUGUUAGUUGGGAGUAUGCACGCAUGA